UAAUAAUUUAGCUUGUAAUUUAUAUGUUUUCCAUAGAGAGAUAUUUAUCUUAAAAAGUCAUUCGCUCCAUAAAGCUGCAUAUUUCAAUCAAACGUCAAUUUGAUAUUCACACUUAGACUUUUGAUAAUAAAAAUUUAGCUGAGGAAGCAAAUAGCUGAAGCUCUUCUUUAUACGAAUUACAUGGGAAACUUUGAACAAGUUCUAACACUCUUUCCGCCAUAAAUAAUAUCUAAUAGCUAGCAAGAUAAAAUUCACUAAUCUCGUUCUGCCACUUUGCAGUCAAGUGCAAUGAUAGUCGCGUAGAGACUACCACCACCGCUGCAGAAUGAUGUGUGAGAGAUGUGCGUUUGCAGAUAUACUCCUGCCCCACUGUGCGUGUAAACUGUAUAUACACACGUAUAGGCUGAUAGCGCUAACGUACAGCUACAUGGAAGAGAGCGUUCAAGAAGACAGUCAGAGAAUCAUAGAAUUCAGUUGUUCGCAAGAAGUGCACUGGUCAACAUAGUCUCGAUGGUCGUGUGCACGCGCGCGUAGACGUCAUACACGCGCAUUAAUACGCUCGACGCGACGUUUAUUAAUACACUCUCGGCCGUUAAUUAACAAGUUUGAUUCCGCGCUUGAUCAGUGCUCUAAUCAUGCCCGAGAAUACGACGAGGAAAUCGAUAGCCGGCAAAACUGUUGGGUGUGUCUUGAACGACUGCAAGAAGAAAAGAACAGCGUGGUGAACCGACGAGUUCUCUCCGAAGAUGCCAUAAUCCGCGCGGGUUUUCGAGGACAAUUGCACAGUCACACAUAACGGCGCGGCGAUCAUGUUCUAUCCGCAGAGAGCGGCGCGGCAAAUCUCGGAAAUUUCCUACGUGGGAAGUUUCAAAUUGAUAAGAAUGUCCACUAAUCGAGAGGGUGAGACUGCAGUGACCAUCCCGCUGCAGUAUAAUGAAGCUCAUUGGAAAGCUAUUUUUGAGAAAUACGAUCUUGACGGAGAUGGGAAAAUAUCCCUACAAGAGCUGAAAGCAAUGAUACGGGGACCAGAUUUUUCCAAUGAUAUUCCUGCCGGGGUAGUGCGCACAAUAAUGCGUAAAGCGGAUCUGGAUGAAUCUGGUUACUUGGAAUAUCCAGAAUUUAUAGCAAUGAUCCAUAGAAAGGACAUGCAAGGUAUAUUCGGACAUCUCGUGCAACGAUACGUACACUCUGUGAUACCUCAACGGCCAACUCGCGCACUGAGGCAGACUUCCGUGGGCUCGAGGUAUUAUCCCAGCAGACAAAUCAGUACUGUAAUGCACGCACCACCAUCUCCCCUUCUUCCCUCGAACUUUGGCGAUUCUCCCCAGGCUGCUAUGAUUCUUAAAUCAAUCAAUGAACGACAAUGUCGUUCUGCACGUUUUAACGAUGUACCGCGCCUACAGCAUCUACAGCAACAAGCCAGUACAAUAACGGAAUCUUCUCUGUACUCUAGCGACUAUCCGGAUGGCCUGUACGAAGAUGAGUACAGCUGUCGACCGCCGGCCAUAGCAAUGAUAAUCAUAUCGCUAAUAGAAAUCAUUUUGUUCAUUUAUGAUGUGAUUCAGCACAAAUCUCUUUCCGUAGAAGGCCCGGCGGCAACAUUAUUUAUUUAUAAUCCGCACAAAAGGUACCAAGCCUGGCGGUAUCUGACAUACAUGUUCGUUCACGUUGGAAUCUUCCAUUUGGUCGUUAAUCUUCUUGUACAAAUUCUGUUGGGCAUUCCGCUGGAGAUGGUUCACAAAUGGUGGAGGGUGCUGAUGAUAUACAUAGCCGGAGUAGUGGCCGGUUCACUCGGUACAUCCGUCUCGGAUCCGACAGUUUACCUGGCCGGUGCGUCCGGUGGUGUGUACGCUUUGAUCACCGCCCACGUAGCGACCAUCAUAAUGAACUGGUCGCAAAUGGAGUUUGCUGUGCUGCAGUUAUUAGUGUUCCUCGUUAUCACGAGCGUCGACGUGGGACAAGCCGUGUACAACCGUUACGUACUCGACACCAACGACCAAAUCGGCUAUGUGGCACACUUGGCCGGCGCUAUAGCGGGACUGCUGGUAGGCAUAAACGUCCUACGAAAUCUCGAGGUGCAAACUUGGGAGAAAGUUGUUUGGUGGGCCAGCAUGUUUACAUACACGGGUCUUAUGACCGCGGCUAUUUUGUGGAACAUAUUGUAUACCUCAUAUUACGAUUUAUAGUAUUCCAAGCAUUCGGUAUAUGUCGCGCUCGAGUCAUGGACAAAAACAUAUUUGGUAGGAUGAAAUCGAUACAUCUGCAAAGGAGAAAAAAGGCGAUGAAUUUGCCUUGAAAAUUUUUUACGCAUAAUAUGCACAAAUUUGCUAUAUAUUUUGAUUAAUGUAGUAUUAAUGUAAAAUAUUGUAAGUUUUGAGGAGAGAAAAAAGUAGCAUAUAUUUUCAUACGGACAUCGCGAAGUUACGGAUUUGUAACUCUGUAUUUGCUAUAUUUAUAUAUGUGUUAAUUGUAUUGAACAGUAUUCAUAAGUACACGUUUUCAAGAGCAAAUAGUAGAACAUGAGAUUCUGUGAUACUUUUGCGAUUUUGACAAAUUAAAUGAUCACAUCGAAGCUAACCGCGAAAUAUUAAUAUUCCUGUUUUAAGACUAUUGUCUCAUUGUUUGAAAAACGAAGAAAACUACCUCCGCCAGUACGCACAAAACGUUAAUUAGUCUUUCCGUAAUGCUUCAUACAUCACGCAAACAUACCGAUAUCUCGUCAAUUAUUCGAUUGUAAUGUAUAUAAAAUUUUAAAAAAUCUAUGAAAAAAUGCCAAAUAAUCAAUUUUAUUACGUAUGUACAUGUCGUUAUUGAUACUUGCUCACCAAAUUUGGAAAUGCCUUACGAUUAAAAUAGAAUUUAAAACAUUGCUAUCUUAGAAAAGCUUGUCAAAUAAAAAUAUCUGUGUAUGUAUACGAUUCAUAACAUGCAUACAAUACAAUUUAAAAAUGUUACUGUAUAUAAGAUAUAUAAAUUAUACAAAAAAGCAGUAUUUUGUGAUCCAUUCGUUACAUACAUGCGGAUAUAUUAAUACUAUUUGCAAUAUAAAACUAUGUAGGUAUUCCAGUGUUAAAAUAAGCAAACUCUCGAUAUUCUCUUUCAUCAGAAUAUUGCAAUAACUACAUUAAGCUACCAUACGAAUUGUUAUUAUAUUGUUAUACACAUGGACGCGAUACUACACUUAAAAGACGCGCGAAAUAAUAAGUAUAUGAAAAUUUUUGAAAGCUUCGUAAAUUUAUAAAUAUAAUUUGGUUCAUUUAAUGUACCUGAUUUACGAAGCGUGAAUAUAUUAAUUUAUUAGAUAAUUAUUCUAUUUUUCGAGUGUGUAGCACGAAGAAAAAAACGAACAGAGUUAGCUCUGUAACUCGUGUUCACAAUAUAAACAUGCAUUGUAUCAACUAUACAUGAUGAAGAUGAAGCACACUAUUUUCGAUUAGACUGAUAAGAAAUAAGCAUAUCUAUUCGAACAAAAAGUUAUAUAUUUGAAAAUUUUGAAUAACUAUAAUAAAUUUUCCUUUAUUAGUUGAUGCAACAAGCAUUGCAAAGGCAACUGCUGAUUACUCUUAAGCAUAUCUAUAAGAAUAAUUAUAUAUAUAGUAUUUUAAGAUUUCCAUACCUUAUGUGCGUGACUGAAACGGUGCAGCAUUCUGCAUUACUCGUUGGUGAGAAUGUUAUUAUUUUUGUUAAUUUUAUAUAAAAGUGAUAAGUAGGGCAGCUACGCAAUCUUAGAAUGUUCAGUAAAAAGGAUCUAUGUGAAGUCUAAAUAAUUUAUGAUCUAUCUUAUAAUUCGAUUUUAAUUUUAAUGUCAAAAUUCCAACAUGGAAAUUUCCAGCACGGUUUAAUUUACCUGAUCUUUUAAUCGUAUCCUUUCUUAAGCGUUCUGGAUAUUACUUUCUCGAUGUCGAUAACAAAGUUUCUAUGAACAAAUGAAAUAGAUAUAGUUCCAAGUGCCUGAUACAAUAUUAUUGUAAAACUUUAUAUUUACUCCUUACCUAUGAAUGCAAUGCACUGGUAUUUUCUCGUACGUGUAAGUGCCUUGAAUGUACUCUCUAUUGUACAAUACUUUUUAAUAUAUAAGAAUGAGCUUUGACCGCGAAAAAAGCAUAUUUUUCUGCGAGACAGAUGUAGGUUUAUAUACAGAUUAAUAUUUCAGCAGAUUUCAAACAUUUGUCAUUGUUCAACGAAUCGACGAGAUUGUUCAUGUGUGAAUAUUUUAUAUGCGCUUUGUAUAAAACAAAUAAAGUGACAAAGGAAUCGAA